GGGGUUGGACUCACCACUUGCCCACUUGCCUCUGGCCUGCCAUGAGAAACGUGAGAAGAAAACUCGAAAGGCCACUUCCAGACCUUCCGGAAGUCUGUGGACUUGGCCUUUCGGGACUGUAGCAGCUACGACCUUGACCUUUCAGGACUGUAGCAGCUACGACCUUGACCUUUCAGAAUUACUACAGCUACGGUCACUUUACAACUAUGACCCCUACUCGACAGACCUACAGAUCGAACCCCUACAGCUACACAGUCCUACAACAGACAACAGUCAACUACCAAAACGGAGGUCACGGCUCAAAACACACAGGGGUCUACUCGAUACUGUACACGGGUGCAGAAGAAGAAGAAGAAGAAGAGGAGGAGGAGGAAGAGAACGACGACGACGAAGAAGAAGGAGGAGGAGAAGAAGAAGAAGAGGAAGAGGAGGCGGAGGCGGAGGCGGAGGAGGUGGAGGAGGCAGAAGAAGAAGAAGAAGAAGAGGAGGAGGAGGAAGAGAACGACGACGACGACGAAGAAGAAGGAGGAGAAGAAGAAGAAGAGGAAGAGGAGGCGGAGGCGGAGGCGGAGGAGGAGGAGGCAGAAGAAGAAGGAAAACGAGGAGGAGGAGGAGGAGGAGGAGGACAGGGAGGCCGGAAUAGCAUAAGUAAUAUCGUAAGCAGAAGGAGGAGGAGGACGGUGAGGAGGUGGAGAAGGAUGAGGAGGUGGACAAGGAGGAAGCGGAGAUGGAGGGUGAGAGCGCGAGGAGGAGCAGGUGGGGAGGAAGAGGAGGAGAGGACGGAGGAAAGGAUAUGGAGUAAACGAAAGAAGAAGAAGAAGAAGAAGAAGAAGAGGAGGAGGAGGAGGAGGAGGAAGAGGAAGAGGACGCAUGGCAGGAGAUCGAGGAGGACAAGGACAAUGAAUGAUGACCGAGCUAACCUCACUCCCCGGAAGGCACCGCACCCUCUAAUGAGUGUAUACAAGCUAAUUUUCCGGUCCGGUACAGAGUACCGAUGAAGUCGCGUUGUGUUCGGGGGAAGACGGUAGCGUUAGUAAUCGUCAGA